CUUUUUCUUUUCUUUGGUCAAAGAAGCACAGCUUCUCAUAUUAGGCCCUCAGUUCCAAUCAGAAAAUCAGAGUGUUUCAAAUCUGGCUUUAGGCUACUCAUCGCUGGUUGACCAGCUUCGAUCUUGUGUUUAUCAAUAAAUGGCUGCUGCUGCUGAUUCUUCUUCUUCUUCUCGCAUUCGUGGCAAAUAUCAUGUCUUCUUGAGUUUCAGAGGGUUAGAUACUCGCAAGACCUUUGUUGGCCAUCUUUACAAUGCUCUACAACGGAAAUCACUCACUACUUUCAUAGAUACUGAAGAGCUUGGAAAAGGGGACGUUCUCGGGGUGCUACUGAAAGCUAUUGAUGCGUCAAAGCUUUCCAUUGUAGUUUUAUCUAAGAACUUUGCCUAUUCCAAAUGGUGCUUGAUGGAACUCGAAAAAAUCGUGGAAUGCAUGCAAACAAAGAAGCAUAUAAUGGUUCCGAUUUUCUACCAAGUAGAUCCGGCUGAUGUUCGUUAUGUGAGGGGAAGUUUUAAGGAAGCGUUUGAACAACAUGAACACAAGUCCAGGGGGACCACUGAAGAACGGGAGCGGUGGAAGUCUGCUCUAAAUACAGCCGGCAAUAUUAUUGGCUGGGAUUCCUGCAAAUACGAGGAUGAUGUCAAGCUUAUUGAUGACGUUGUUACAGAUAUUUCAACACAGUUGAGCAACAUCAGGGAAAGUAAAUCUGAUAAUGACUUGAUUGGAAUGGAUUCCCACAUGAGCGAAAUGAAGCAUCUAUUACGUUCUUAUCAGUUUGAUGAUGUCUGUGUCGUUGGAAUAUGGGGUAUGGGUGGUAUAGGGAAGACAACCAUCGCUAGAGCUGUUUAUGCGGAAAUGUGCGGAGACUUUGAUCACCAUUGCUUUCUUCAUAAUGUCAAGGAAGAUUUCAAGAGAAAAGGUGAAGCAGGAAUGCAGGAAGAACUUCUAUACAGAAUCUUGAGGGAAAAUGGGCAGCACUUAAGUUCCAAAAUGAUAAUGGAAAGGCUUAGUGGGACAAAACUUUUUCUUGUUCUCGAUGAUGUGGACAAUUCUGAUCAAAUUGAUGCCCUACUUGGAAAACAAUGUUCAUUUGGUCGUGGGAGUAGAGUCAUUAUAACGACCAGAGACAGGAGCCUACUUAGAGAAUUUGAUAAUGUAUACGAACCCGGCUGUUUAGAUGAUAAUCAAGCUCUUGAACUCUUUAAGAAGUAUGCCUUCAGAACAAGUGAACCCUCGACAGAGGAUGAUCAUCUCUCACAGACCUCAACAGAGGACGAUCUUCGCUCACAGCCUUCAACAGAGUACGAUGAGCUCUUAGAUCAUGCCAUAAAAUAUGCUCAAGGUCUGCCUUUAGCACUUAAAGUCUUGGGAGCUUCUCUUUAUAAGAAAAGUGUACAUGAGUGGGAAGUUGAGCUUGAAAAAAUAAAGAAAUGCCAGCACCUGGGAAUUGAGGGUGUGCUAAGGACAACCUUUGAAGGACUAGAUCAUCUACAGAAAACAGUACUACUAGAUAUUGCAUGUUUCUUUAAAGGAAUGAAGAAAAAAUAUGCAAUAGAAAUUCUGGAUGCUUGCGGCUUCUUUCCUGUAAGUGUAUUAUCAGUUCUUGCUGAUAGAGCUCUUGUAACUAGCACUGGAUUCUAUGUGGUGCUGGCAAUGCAUGAUUUACUGUUGGACAUGGCUUUGGGAAUUGUCCGUCGAGAGUCAAGCCUCAGUAGGUUGUCGAGUUCUGAUGAAAUUGAGGAGGCGUUGACUCAAAAUACGGAUACGGUAGCAGUUGAAAGUAUAGACCUCGACUUGUAUCACUCAAAACGCAUAUGCAUAAAUGCCAAAGUUUUUGCUCGCAUGACGAAACUAAGACUGCUCAGAAUCCGAUAUAACCGCUCCAUAGACUUUGUUGAUGAUUAUUAUGGUUCACGGGGGGAAUUAUACCAUCUAAUUGAUGACUGUAAACAAGAAGUGAGUGGCGAGUUAAAGUUUCUUUCUAAUGAGUUGAGGUGUCUCAUCUGGCAUGGAUGCCCCCUGAAAUCUUUGCCACCCAAGUUUCAGCCAAAGCAUCUUGUCGACCUUGACAUGCGUUCCAGCCACAUCAAACAACUUUGGAAAGGAACCAAGCUUCUGAAAAAGUUGAAAUACAUCAAUUUAAGUCUCUCUCUAUACCUUAAGGAGACCCCUGACUUAACCGAGGCGAUAAAACUUGAGAAAGUAAACCUUGAAGGCUGUGUAAGCUUAUUGAAGGUUCACCCAUCCAUAUCUGAUCUUAAAAGCCUCGUUUUCUUGAGUCUAAAAGGAUGCAAAGAUCUUAAGGUUCUUCCCAGCAGUUUCCGUAUGAAGUCUCUUAAGAUCCUUGAGCUUUCUGGCUGCUCAAAUCUUGAGAACUUUCCUGAGAUUUCAGAAGUUAUGGAAGGGAUACCACGGCUUUGUUUAGACAAGACUGCAAUUAAAGGACUGCCCUUAUCAAUCAGCAAUCUUAAGGGGCUUGUCACUUUGAGCCUAAAAGAUUGUAGAGAACUUAAGAGUCUCCCAAAAAGCAUUUGUCAACUCAAGUCACUUAAAUAUGUUACUCUCUCUGGAUGUUCCAAGUUUGAGGUGUUUCCACAAAUUGUCAGAGCAGAAGAAAUGGAAGGAUUAAUAGAGCUUCAUUUGGAUGGAACAUCUGUCAAAGAGUUUUCGAUUUCAGCUCUUAAAGAACUUGAGGUCUUGAGUCUAAGAGAUUGCAAAGAGCUUAACACUCUUCCAAGUAGCAUUCAUAUGAAAUCUCUUCACACGCUAUUUCUUUCUGGAUGCUCAAACCUACAAAAGUUUCCAGAGAUUUCAGAAGAAAUGGGGAGACUAUCAGAGCUUAAUUUAGAUGAUACUGCAAUUAAAGAACUGCCCCCUUCUAUUGAAAAUCUUUCCCGUCUCAAAUCUUUGAGCCUUAAAGAUUGUGGAGAACUUAAGAGUCUUCCGAGCAGCAUUUUUCAACUUAAGUACCUCAAUACGAUUACUGUCUCUGGAUGUCCAAAGUUUGAGGUGUUUCCAAAAAUUGAAGAGGAUUUGGAAAGACUAGGAAAACUUGUUACAUUGAGGCUAGAAGAUUGCAGAGAACUUAGGAGCCUGCCGAGCAGCAUUUGUCAACUCAAGUCCCUUAGAUUUUUUGCUCUCUCUGGUUGUUCGAAGUUUGAUGUGUUUCCGAAAGUUUUAGAAGAUAUGGAAGAACUAAGAGAGCUUCAUUUGGAUGGAACGUCUAUCAAAGACCUUUCCCCAUCAAUUGAACGACUGAAGAGGCUUAUGUUCUUAAACAUGAGAAACUGCAGAAGCCUUGAAUUUCUUCCAGACAGUGUCUGUAAUUUGUCAUCCCUUACAGGUCUCACUCUCUCAGGGUGCUCGAAUCUCCAUAACUUGCCCAAUAACUUGGGGAAGUUAAAAUCCUUGGUGGAUCUUGAAGUACAGGGAAGUGGUAUAGAGCAACCCUUCUCUCCCCCAUCAUCAUCAACCUAUUGCUUGGUUGGAAUGGAUCGCCACAUAAAUGAAAUGCAAUUGCUAUUAUGUCCUGCUCAGGUGGAUGAUGUUCACAUUGUUGGGAUAUGUGGAAUUGGUGGCAGUGGCAAGACAACCAUUGCUACAGCUGUUUAUGAUAAAAUUGCUCCUCAAUUUGAAUACCGUUGCUUUCUUGAGAAUGUCAGCGAAGGUUUUACAAAGCAUGGCGCAGUAUAUAUGCAAGAAAAGCUUCGGUCUAGAAUCUUACAGGAAAAGGUACAGAGUUUGGGCAUUUUGAAUAGAGGUUCCAAUGUGAUAAUGGAAAGGCUAGCUAAGACAAAAGUUCUGCUCGUUCUUGAUGAUGUAGAUGAUAUAAAUCAGAUUGAAACCCUAGUUGGAAAGCCAGAUUCAUUUGGUGGUGGUAGUAGAAUCAUUGUGACAACUAGAGAGGAGCAAAUAAUGAGUGGAUUUAAGAUGUAUUCUCCCAAGCUAUUAGAUGAUGAAGCUCUUGAACUCUUCAGGCAUUUUGCCUUCAGAACAAUCAAACCCUCGAAAAAGUUCGAACGUCUCUCACGGCGUGCUAUUGAAUAUGUUCAAGGUCUACCUUUAGCUCUUAAAGUCUGGGGAGGUUCUCUUUAUCAGAAAAAUGCACGCGAGUGGAAAGAUGCCUUGAAGGAGGGGCGCACAGUACAUUGGGUGUUUACAACAAGCUUUUAUGACCUACAUUCCUCGGCGAGGGACAUACUUCUAGAUGUUGCAUGGUUCUUUAAAGGAAUGAAAAAAGAGUAUGCAACCAAAAUUCUGCACAGUUGUGGCUUCUUUCCUUAUAGUGCAUUAAGAGUUCUAGUUGAUAGAUCUCUCAUAGCCAUCUCAGAUAGGGACGCGACUCUCAAGAUACAUGAUGAACUACAGGAAAUUGUUCGGGACUUCGUUCGCCAUGAAGAUGAACAUAAUCCUGGGAACCGCAGUAGAUUAGAGGGUUACCAAGGAAUUAGGUGUUUGUCAACUCAAGAUCAGGUUACUGAAGCAGUUGAAGUUAUAACCCUUAAUUUGUCGAACUCAACAGAGGCGUACUUCAAUGCUGAGGCUUUUGUUACAAUGAAGAAACUAAGACUGCUCCAAAUUUAUGAUAACGGCUCCAUUAACUGUAAACAACAUGUGAUUGGAGACUUGGAGUUCAUUUCUCAUGAGUUGAGGUGUCUCAUCUGGCAUAGAUACCCCCUAAAGUCUUUGCCAUCCGAGUUUCACCCUCAGAAUCUUUUCGACCUUGACAUGCAUUUUAGUAGCCUUGAACAACUUUGGGAAGGAACCAAGCCUUUGAAAAACUUGACAUUCAUCGAUUUAAGUCACUCUCCACAUCUCAAGAAGACCCCUGACUUGACUAAGGCUACAAAACUUGAGAAGCUAAUUCUUGAUGGUUGUUCAAGUUUAUUCGAGGUGCACCCAUCCAUUUGGGAUCAUAAAAACCUUGUCUUAUUAAGUCUCAAAGGUUGCACAGAACUUAAGGUUCUUCCGGCCAGCAUCCAUAUGAAUUCUCUUAAGACCCUCAACCUUUCUGGCUGCUUAAAUCUUGAGAAGCUUCCCGAGAUUGCAGAAGUUAUGAUGGAGCUAUCAGAGCUUGGUUUGGAUGAGACUGCAAUUAAAGACCUUCCCUCAUCAAUUGAAAGGCUUCAGGGGCUUAAUGUAUUAAGUAUGAGAAACUGCACUAGCCUUGUUUCUCUUCCGGACAGCCUCUGUAGUUUGGCACACCUUACAUUUCUCAAUCUGUCUGGCUGCUCAAAACUUACUGACUUUCCUGACAGCUUGAGGAAUAUGCAAGCAUUGACAAUCAGUGGUAUAGAACAACUCCCACCCGCGAUGAGAAGCAAAAGAACAGAGAGGGAGGGAGUCAUUGGAGUCUCGGGGGAGGGAAGUUCAUCAGAGUCUGGGGAAGGAAGAGUCUACAACUGCACAUUGUCGCCGGUGCCAAAGCAACAUAGUGAGAGAAAAGAAGAGAGAGACGAUGGAGGUGGCAGUGCAAAGGGAGGAUUGCUUGGCAGGAGGAGGGAAGUCGGGGGCCUUUUGCAGCUUCUUGAGUUGCCCGGGGGAACUAUGUCUCUGAGAACGAUAGAAGGAGAGAGAUUAAUUAGGCCCAGAGACGGGUCUCUAAUAACCAUGUCCCCGCCUGUUCCCUCCACUCUUGUUCCAGGACGACAUUCUGCGUUCUUCAAUUCGUAUUGCAACCGCUGAAACCCAUCAUCCCGACCCCCAAUCUCUGAGAGUGGAAAUGAAAUUGUAGAUCUCUAUCUUGAUGGAGAAAGGAACUUGGCUGAUACGACUUUGCACUGUUUUGAAAAAUUUUAGGUGUACAAUUAUGUUGGUACUGGUAACAUUUCUGGGUUGGUGUUGUAAGCUCGACUAUGGCUUUGGUAAAAAAAUGCAUAUAAAGGAAGUUGAUGUAAUAUUGGAGUGAGUCAGACUAUUGGAGCCAGUGCUACUGAAGUACUUGGGUUUUUGAUGUAUUAAAGUUCGAUAGAAUAGAAGUUCCGUUGUUGGAUAUUUGAACUUAUUCUAUUGUAACACUAAAAUAAGUAUUUUAAUAAUGGGAUUGAGAUUAGUGUUUUUAUUUGAACAA